AUGGAAGAGGAAUACUCUAAGGCUAUUCGUCAGUUGUUCAUCGACUGUGUGGCUAUUUCUGGUGUAACCGAAGAAUCAUGGACAGAGGAGAAUGAGAAAGCUGUGGAUCAGUUCAUUGAAGACACCUCUAUCACAACCAUGUUAGUCUACCUGGACACCAAGGUUGGACUUCGGGUGGAGUACUCGAUGCCCUUACUGGGAGAGGUGGUAGGGCAGUUGUCCUAUUUUGUCCGUGUGCCAGAAGCCAUAAUCACACUAGAAACGUUUGAUACAGCCAUACAGUUUGGCACGGUGCGGGGCAACCCCAUCCAGAGGCUGCUUCAUGACGUGACCUGUUUGCACGCCCCCCCAGUUGCCAUUAGCGCCUACAGGGAGCAGAGCACCAAGGACAACUAUACCAAACACAUGCACUUAUAUCUCGCCAGCCUUACAGAUGAUGUACAUAAGAAGUUUGGGAACAUUGUUCUCUACAUCCCAAUGGAAGGCCUGCAGUGCAGUGCUGAGGAGGCCAGCAAGGACAGGAAGCUGAUACAGAGAAUGGAAAUUGUAAUGAUCCACUGGACUGAUCAAAUCAAGGAGCUACUAAAUGCGCAAGACAUUGUGAACAUGAGAGACAGCUGUGGUCCACUGCAGGAGAUAUCCUUCUGGAAGACUCGCUCUACCCAGCUGUUGAACAUCAGCCGGCAGCUACAGAAGCCAGGGGUCAAGCACAUCCAGAACAUCCUCCAGGUUGCAAAGUCUCUAUAUGUACAGCGCUUCUGUCAGCUGGCCCAUGAAAUACAGGAUUGUUCUCUUCAGGCCCAGUCAAAUCUGACCUUCUUGUCCAUAUUGAAGGAGCCUUGCGAAGAGCUUGAGCAGCUUAAACCAAGCCAAAUUGCUUCCAAGUUUAAACACAUUGUCAGUCUCAUUCGAAUCAUCUGGAUCAACUCCCCCCACUACAAUACCAGUGAGAGGAUCAUCAACCUCUUCCGCCAGAUGACUAAUGAGAUCAUCCGUCUGUGCUCUCAAAGGAUCUGUCUGGACAGGAUUUUUGAAGGCUACGUGUUAUCUAGCAAACAAAUCCUCAGCGACUGCAUGCAGUGUUGCCUGAUCUGGAAGGAAGUUUACCUCCGUGCCUCAAAAAUUCAUCACAAGUAUUCCCGAAAAGGCUGGGUCCUGGACAAAACAACGUUUAUCGUGGUGAUUGAGUCUUAUGUUCAGAGGCUCAGAGACCUAAUUGAGAUAUGUGACUGCCAGCAUCAGUUUGCCCGUUGGGAGGAUGGUCAGCAGAGGGCUCUGCCAUGCUUAGGUGGUUGCAAGGGACCAGGGUUUACUGGCACCCUCCUGAAGAAUGAAAGCGACUUCCAUCGUAGCCUGGAAAAACUACGCUCUGUUGACAAGGGCAUACUUGAUGUCAAGGAUACCACGUGGUGCAAUGAAUUCAACAGGUUUUGUGCGUUUGUGAAAGAUCUGGAGAUGAAGAUUCAGGGCCUGAUUGGUUCAGUGUUUACGACAGGGAACACAGUUGAGGAAGGAAUUCGGCUGCUGGACGUCUUUACGCCUUUGUUCGCUCGCAAGUGCAUUAAGCGCACUGUAGAAGAGAAGCUGGAGGAAACCUGCAAUAUCUUUUACAAAGAGCUUAAAAUGGGAAACAAAGAGCUGAACCAGACCUCAAUGUUUUACCCUGAUCAUAUGCCCUGGAAAGCAGGCCAGGUCUACUGGGUGACAGCCCAAAGACAUCAGUUAGAGAGAUUCAUGGAGGUGCUUCAGAAGGCCCACUUAAUACUGGAUUCUCAGACCUGCAAGGAGUUACUUACCACCUGUGGUCAAACUAUGCAAAUUUUGGAUGAGAUUGUGAGGAAGAACUUCAGUGAAUGGACUCAGAAGUUGGAUGUGCAGUAUCUCAAACGCCUGGAGCAGCCACUCAUGGUGCGCUGCAAGGACAAGAAGCUGGACAUCAACUUUGACAACGACCUGUUGAAUCUGUUCUCUGAGAUCCAGUGCUGGGAUCGACUAAAGUUUGAGAUCCCCCAGAGUGUAUCUGACAUUUACCAGGACAGAGAUGACCUCAGAGGCCUGAGGCAGCAAGUACUGCUGCUGGUCCGCGAGUAUAACAGGAUCACAGAAAUGCUGUCUCCUGAGGAGUUGGGUCUUUUUCGGGAGAGAAUACGUUUCAUUGAUAAGAAGAUCCAGCCGGGUCUGACCAAACUCCUGUGGUUGUCUAAAGGAGCUUCUAACAUCUUCAUCCGUGACUGUCUCCUGCAUGUUGACAAGCUCCAUGUGAUAAUUGAUAAUUACAAAGUGUCCAGUCAGUUCAUCUUCAAACACUGUCAUCGGAUUAGUGAAGCACUUCUGGUUAAACUGGAUGGAAAAACUGUGUACAGGAAUCUGGAGUUUGAGGAUGACCAGAAGGCUCACCAGCAGAACAUUCUCCAAAUACUUCGCUCAGCACACCAGGAUAUUGUCAAUAUCAUGACCCGGAUCUAUGACAUCUUGGCAGAUGAUGGACCUGAGGUCCAGGAGCACUGGGUGAACUACAUAGAGAGGGUGGAUCAUAUGAUCGAAGAAGCUUUCAACAGUAACAUCAAAAACUCCUUGAAGAAGCUAUCCAAAGCGAUCAACGGUGACAGCAAGACUACACCCAGUCCCCUGUUUAAAGUCCUUGUUACCCUCCACAGAGCAGCUCCACAAAUGGCUCCAAAGGUAGAGUUUUCCCCAACUCUCAGAAAGCUGGCUCAGGUUGUGAAUAUUAUGCCUCAGCUCAUCAGUCUCAUCUCAGAAUUUAAACGACUCCAAGAACUUCUCUCCAACCAAGAGUCCCAGAAGGAUCCCAUACACAUCAUUAUAGGGCAAGAUGAGGGGAUAAAAAAGAUUCAGGCUGCAAUUGCCUCAGGGAUGACAGCCAAUGCCAGCCAAUUGCAAUCUCAUUUAAAAAACUGGGACAAAUACAGGGACAUCUGGGAGAUGAAUAAGGAUUCCAUUAUACAACGCUACCAGAGACUUAACCUACCGCUGUCUUCUUUUGAUGCAGAUAUACAAAGGUACUCAGAGAAGGCCAGCAGUGUUCAACAAGAAGAGACGGUGCUUAACAUCCAGUUUGUCAUGCUGGACUGUUCACCGCUCAAGUCUUCCUUGGUGCAGCACUGCAAUGAGUGGCAAACCAAGUUCACUCAGCUUCUCAGUGACAUGGCCAGCAUGCGCCUAAAAGAACUUCAUGCCUCCCUGCAUGACAGUGCCAGCAGGCUGAAAAAAUCUCCCCAGACACUGACGGAGCUCAGUGAGAGCCAAAAGCUCUUGGAGACUCUCCAGAGCAAUUUGGCCAAGACCGAAGCUCAGAUUCCUGUCAUCCAUGAACAGUUUGCUAUCCUCGACAAAUAUGAAGUCCCAGUGGAACAAGAUGUGCAGGAAAUGCGUGAUGUGCUGAAUGAGGAAUGGGUGUGGUUCCAGCAGGUGUUGAUCGACAGUGACAUCAUGCUGCAGAAACAAAAGGAAAAGUUUAAGAACAGCCUCGUCCUCUCUUACGAGGAGUUGAAGAAGAAGAUUGAGGCCACUGUGGAGGAGUUCAGUGCCAAAGGUCCAUUUAACAGUGCACUGAGCACUGACUUGGCCUUAAAACAAAUAGCAGAGCAUCGUAGCCAACUGGAGACUCUGAAACAGGAAGAAAGCACCAUCCAUGAUGGGCUGAGAUUCUUCAAAAUAGAACAAGCCCCCUCCAAAAGCAUACGGACUCUGGAGAAGGACUUGGACCAACUGCAGCAGGUCUGGGAUAUCACAGAGGAAUGGAACGCCAACUGGAAUAUCUGGAAGGCUGGCCAGUUUGGUACACUGCAGACAGAGAGCAUGGAGACUGCCGCACAGGACAUGUUUAAAAACCUCCAUAAACUCCAGAGAGAUCUGAAGGAUAAACAGUGGGAUAUUGUAGAUUUCUCCAAGAACAAGAUUGACCAGUUUAGGCAGGUCAUCCCGCUCAUUGCUGAUCUGAGGAACCCAGCCGUAAGAGACAGGCACUGGAAGCAGAUCUCUGAGGAGCUGCAGUAUUCUUUUGACCCAACCAGUGCUGAAUUCACCCUGGAAAAGAUCAUAUCUUUCGGCUUCAACAUGUAUACUGGCAAAAUCUGCGAGAUCUCUGGAGCCGCCACCAAGGAACUCUCCAUAGAACAGGGUCUGAAGGGUAUCACCAAGACGUGGCAGGAAAUGACCCUGGACAUAGCACCUUACAAAGAUGAAGGCCACUAUCGACUGAGGAGCACAGAAGAGGUUUUCCAGGCACUGGAGGACAACCAAGUUAUUUUGUCCACAAUGAAGGCAUCUCGGUUUGUCAAAGCCUUUGAACGGGAGGUGGACCGCUGGGAGCGUCAGCUCUCCCAUGUGCUGGAAGUCACUGAGAUGAUCCUUAAUGUGCAACGGCACUGGAUUUAUUUGGAGAACAUUUUCCAAGGCAAGGACAUUCGGGAGCAGUUGCCUCAUGAGUGCAAAGAAUUUGAAGACAUAAGUUCUAGUUGGAAAACCAUUAUGGGUUGUCUCCACAAGGAUAAAAAUGCCUUGCAGGGAACACACCAGCCUGGUUUGCCAGAGAAGCUGUCACAGAUGGGUUUUGAGCUGGAGGAAAUCCUUAAAGCCUUGGACAUAUACCUGGAGACCAAAAGGCAGAUCUUCCCGAGGUUCUAUUUCCUGUCCAAUGAUGACGUGCUGGAGAUCUUGGGACAAUCACAGAAUCCACAAGCCAUGCAGCCUCACCUGAAGAAGUGUUUUGACAACAUUAAGAGCCUGUCUACUGAAAAGACAAAGCUUAAAACACUAGCUGCUGGGAUGUUCUCUGCUGAUGGGGAGUUUGUUUCUUUAUAUGAAAAAGUGGAACUGAACAAACCUGUGGAGGAGUGGCUGUGCGAGCUGGAGCAUAGCAUGCGCCUUUCACUAAAGGAGUCCCUGAAGGACUGCCUUGUAGAUUUGAAGAGGAUAUCAGGACCAAGAGACAAAUGGGUCCGAGCUUGGCCAGGACAGAUGAUAAUCACAGCUAGUCAGAUCCAGUGGACUGCUGAUGUCACAAGAGCUCUCAUUAACUGCAAAGAGAGAGCUGACAAAGCCCCCCUGAAGUCCAUGAAGAAGAAACAGGUCUCCAUGCUUCAGUGCUAUUCAGAGAUCAUUCGUGGUAACUUGCCCAAAGUCCUGCGUUUGAAGAUCGUAGCUCUGGUGACAGUAGAGGUUCAUGCUCGGGAUGUUAUUGAUAAGCUGGCCAAGACAGGUUGCUACGAUGUCAAUGCCUUUGAGUGGGUUUCUCAGCUGCGGCUUUACUGGGAAAAAGACCAGGGGAAUGCAAUGACUUGUAUAAUCCGACAGACCAACACAGAGUUCAACUAUGGAUAUGAGUACCUGGGCAACUCGGGACGGCUCGUCAUUACUCCACUUACUGACAGGUGUUACAUGACACUGACCACAGCACUUCAUCUCCACCGUGGAGGCUCUCCUAAAGGCCCAGCUGGUACUGGAAAAACAGAGACAGUAAAGGACUUAGGAAAAGCUCUAGGCAUGUAUGUCAUCGUAGUCAACUGCUCUGAAGGACUGGACUACAAGUCCAUGGGACGCAUGUACUCUGGCCUGGCUCAGACAGGAGCAUGGGGAUGCUUUGAUGAGUUCAACCGUAUCAACAUUGAAGUGCUGUCGGUGGUGGCCCAGCAGAUCCUUUCCAUCCUGUCUGCUCUCUCAGCUCUGCAGUCCAAGUUCUAUUUUGAGGGACAACACAUCCGUCUGGUCUCGUCAUGUGGCAUCUUUAUCACCAUGAAUCCUGGUUAUGCUGGUCGUACUGAGCUUCCUGACAACCUGAAGUCCAUGUUCAGACCUAUAUCAAUGGUGGUGCCUGACUCUACUCUAAUUGCUGAGAUCUUGCUCUUUGGUGAGGGCUUCAACGACUGCAAGGUCCUUGCUAAGAAAGUGUUCACUCUGUACUCUCUGGCGGUGCAGCAGCUGUCCAAACAGGACCACUAUGAUUUUGGCCUUCGUGCUCUCACCUCUCUGCUUCGCUUUGCUGGAAAGAAGCGGCGCUCUUGCCCAAAUGUUCCUGAUGAAGAAGUCCUACUGAUGGCUAUGAAGGAUAUGAACAUUGCUAAGCUGACCUCUGCUGACCUGCCAUUGUUCAGUGGAAUCAUUCAAGACUUGUUCCCUGCCGUAGAAACACCUGUAAUAGACUACGGCAAAUUAAAGGAAGCCGUGGAGGAGGAGCUUAAUCGGAGUGGUUUGCAGGUGACACCCUUUACCGUGACCAAAGUCAUCCAACUUUAUGAGACUAAAAACUCUCGACACUCCUCCAUGCUGGUGGGCAAGACAGGCAGUGCUAAGAGUGUUACCUGGAGGACCCUACAAAAUGCCAUGACUGCUCUGCAUCAAAAAGGAGAGCCAGGCUUUCAGCAGGUCCAGGACUAUCCUCUGAAUCCCAAAGCCCUCAGUUUAGGAGAGCUGUAUGGCGAGAAUGAUCUCUCUACUAACGAGUGGACUGAUGGAGUGCUGUCAUCCCUCAUGAGAUCAGCUUGCGCUGAUGAGAAACCAGAUGAGAAGUGGAUCGUGUUUGAUGGGCCAGUUGACACACUUUGGAUUGAGAGUAUGAACUCAGUUAUGGAUGACAACAAAGUGCUCACGCUCAUCAACGGAGAGAGAAUCUCUAUGCCUGAGCAGGUGUCUCUUCUAUUUGAGGUGGAGAACCUAGCAGUGGCUUCUCCAGCUACGGUGUCCCGCUGUGGAAUGGUCUACAAUGAUUAUACUGAUCUGGGAUGGAAACCUUUUGUGCAGUCCUGGCUGGACAAGCGACACAAAGCUGAAGUGAACCAUUUGAAGCCCUUGUUUGAGAAGUACAUAGAGAGCACGAUCAACUAUAAGAAGAGCAACUGCAAGGAGCUGAUCCCCAUCACCAAACUUAAUGGCGUCACCUCUCUCUGCCGCCUCUAUGACUCCCUGGCUACAUCGAGCAGUGGGGUGAAUCCUUUAGACACAGAUAACCUGGGUAGGAUGGUGGAACUGUGGUUCAUCUUCAGCCUUAUCUGGUCCAUAUGUACCUCUGUCGACGAGGAUGGACGCAAGAGGAUGGACAACUUCCUACGGGAGAUGGAGGGAACAUUCCCUGCCAAGGACACAGUUUAUGAGUACUACGUGGACCCAAAGAACAAAUGCUGGGCUUCAUUUGAAGAUAAAUUGCCAAAAGGCUGGCGCUACAAUGCUUCAGCUCCAUUCUAUAAGAUUAUGGUUCCAACUGUGGACACCGUUCGCUAUAACUUACUGGUUAAGGCUCUGGUGUUGAAACACUACCCUGUGCUGCUCACUGGGCCAGUGGGCACUGGUAAAACUUCAGUGGCCCAUAGUAUUUUGCAGGGCUUAGAUAACAAAUGGAAGACCCUCACCAUCAACAUGUCUUCACAGACCACCUCUAACAACAUCCAGGACAUUAUAGAGAGUCGCAUAGAAAAGAGAACCAAAGGCGUGUAUGUGCCAGCAGGUGGGAAACACCUGCUGUGUUUCCUUGAUGACCUCAACAUGCCGGCUCAUGACCUCUUUGGCUCCCAGCCACCCCUGGAGCUUCUGCGCCUAUGGAUUGACUAUGGCUUCUGGUAUGAUCGCAAGAAACAGACCCUAAAGGUUGUCAAGGACAUGUUCUUGCUAGCAUCAAUGGGGCCCCCUGGUGGUGGGAGGACUCACAUCACGCCGCGUUUUCAGAGUCGAUUCAACCUCAUUAAUAUGACUUUCCCUAAUGCCUCCCAGAUCAAGUGCAUCUACAGUGCCAUGAUCAACCAAAAGCUCCAGGAGUUUAAGGAGGAGCUGAAGCCCAUUGGAAAGAUUCUCACUCAGGCAACCUUAGAACUGUAUAAUGGCGUCACUGCCUUUUUUCUUCCCACUCCAGCCAAGAUACAUUACCUCUUCAACCUCAGGGACAUCUCCAAGGUGUUUCAGGGUUUACUAAGAGCUCAUCCAGACUUCCAUGAUACCAAAACCAACAUUACUAGACUGUGGAUCCAUGAAUGUUUCAGGGUUUUCUCAGAUCGGCUUGUAAACCACAGUGAUAUGGAUACCUUUAUUUCUCUCCUAGAGGAAAAACUGGGUUCACUCUUUGACCUCACCUUCCACAGCAUCUGCCCGAACAAGCAACCGCCAAUAUUUGGUGAUUUCAUGAGUGAGUCGUCUGUCUAUGAGGACCUGCAGGACAUGAAGAGUCUCAAGAAGUUCAUGGAAACACAGCAAGAGGACUACAAUCUGACACCUGGCGUGGUGCCUACAAACCUGGUGCUCUUCAGAGAUGCCAUCGAACACAUUACUCGGAUCAUUCGAGUGAUCAGUCAGCUCAGGGGCAACAUGCUGUUGGUAGGUGUCGGGGGCUCAGGUCGGCGAAGCCUGUCUAAGAUAGCUGCCUUCAUAUGUCAGUACCAGGUAUUCCAAGUGGAAGUCACCAAGCAGUACCGCAAACUGGAGUUUAGAGAGGACAUCAAGAAGCUAUACCGUUUGGCGGGUGUGGACAACAAUCCCACAGUCUUUCUGUUCAAUGACACCCAGAUUGUUGAUGAAUCCUUCCUAGAGGAUAUCAAUAACAUCCUGAGUUCAGGAGAGGUGCCUAACCUAUAUAAGCCAGACGAGUUUGUAGAGGUAUGCAAUGCUCUUUCAGAGCCUGCCAGGAAAGACAAUGUGGCUGAGACUCCUGACUCAUUGUUCAGCUACCUGAUCGAGCGAGUCAGGAACAACCUGCACAUUGUGCUCUGUUUGAGUCCAGUGGGAGAGCCAUUCAGGAACCGCAUCCUCCAGUACCCAGCUCUUGUUAACUGCACCACUAUAGACUGGUUCUGUGAAUGGCCCAAAGAUGCCCUCCUGGAGGUUGCUGAGAGGUACUUGGAUGGAAUGGAGCUGGGCUCAAUGGAAGGGAUCCAGACAAAUGUUGCCAGUAUCUUUGUGACCACACACCAGUCAGUAGCACAAGUCUCCCAAAGAAUGAAACUGGAGCUGAGGAGACAAAAUUAUGUGACACCAACAAACUACCUGGAGCUGGUGUCUGGAUACAAGAAACUGCUGGCGGAGAAACGCGGUGAGUUGGGAGAGCAGGUGAGCAAGCUGCGUAACGGCCUUCUGAAAAUCAGUGAAACGAGGGAGAAAGUGGAGGCCAUGUCUAUAGAGCUCGAGGAGGCCAAAAAGCAGGUUGCCGAGUUCCAGAAACAGUGUGAUGAAUAUUUGUCCGUCAUUGUGCAACAAAAGAAAGAAGCCGACAGCCAGCAGAAGACGGUGAGUGAUGAAAAUGAGAAAAUUGGGGCAGAAGAGUUGGAGUGUAAAGCCAUGGCUGAGAAUGCACAGAGAGACCUGGAUGAGGCCCUGCCUGCCCUGGAAGAAGCCAUGAAGGCUCUGGAGUCUCUGAAUAAGAAGGACAUGACUGAGAUCAAAUCAUACGGCCGUCCUCCUGCACUGGUGGAGACAGUGAUGCAUGCUGUUAUGACCCUUCUGGAGAAAGAGCCAACCUGGGCAGAAGCCAAGAGACAGCUGGGUGAGGCCAACUUCAUCAAAACAUUGGUUAAUUUUGACAAAGAUAAUAUAUCAGACCGUGUUUUGAAGAAGAUUGGCCAGUACUGCAAGCAAGUGGACUUCCAGCCAGAGAUCAUCGGCAAAGUAUCGCUGGCUGCCAAGUCACUCUGUAUGUGGGUCAGAGCCAUGGAGGUGUACGGUCGUGUCUACAGGGUAGUAGAACCAAAGCGUGCACAGCUGAAUGCUGCCAUGGCCCAGCUAGCAGAGAAGCAGGCCGCACUGGCCGAGGCUCAGAACAAACUACGAGCAUUGGGGGAAAAAUUGGAGCAGCUGAAAAAGCAGCACAGUGAAAAACUGGCCAUGAAGGAGAGUUUGAGGAAGAAAUCAGAUGAGAUGGAGGUGAAACUGGACCGUGCUGGCAAACUGGUGACUGGACUUGCUGGAGAGAGGGUCCGCUGGGAGGAGAGAGUUGUUGGCCUUGAAGAAAAUAUGGGGUAUCUGGUGGGAGACUGUUUGCUGGCAGCUUCUUUUCUCUCAUACAUGGGCCCCUUCCUUUCCAACUAUAGAGAGGAGUUGCUUGAAAUCUGGAUGAAGGAGGUAAAGGGCUUAGGGAUCGCAUGUACACCAGGAUUCAGUUUUGCAGUUUUUAUGUCCAAACCCACAGUAGUGAGAGACUGGAACAUCCAGGGCCUGCCCACUGAUGCUUUUUCUACUGAGAAUGGAAUUAUAGUCACCCGUGGAAACCGAUGGCCACUGAUGGUGGACCCUCAAGGCCAAGCUUUGAAGUGGAUUAAAAAGAUGGAACUAUCAAGGGGUCUCAAAGUAAUCGAUUUUCAAAUGCCAGACUACCUGCGGGUUCUGGAGAAUGCCAUCCAGUUUGGGAAUCCUGUUUUGCUGCAGAAUGUCCAGGAGGAAUUGGAUCCCUCUCUCAACCCAGUUCUCAACAAGUCCCUGACACGCAUAGGCGGCAGGUUGCUUUUGAAGCUGGGUGAUAAGGAGGUGGAGUACAGUCCUGAGUUCCGCUUCUAUAUCACCACCAAGCUUUCUAACCCCCACUACACCCCAGAGAUUUCUGCAAUGACCACUAUAGUAAACUUUGCUGUUAAGGAGCAGGGUUUAGAAGCCCAGCUACUGGGAAUUGUGGUGCGUAAAGAGCGUCCAGAGCUGGAAGAGCAGAAAGACUCUUUGGUGAUUAGCAUUGCCUCUGGCAAGAAGAGCCUGCAGGACCUGGAGGAUGAGAUUCUCAGACUGCUGAAUGAGUCAACUGGCUCGCUCCUGGACGAUGUGCAGCUGGUAAACACCCUGCAGGCAUCCAAAGUGACAGCCACUGAAGUUUCAAAACAGCUGGAAAGCAGUCAACAGACCGAGCUCAAGAUCGACUCUGCAAGAGAGGCCUACCGUCCAUGUGCUGAGCGAGCCUCUAUUCUCUUCUUCAUUCUAAGUGACAUGGGCCGCAUUGACCCCAUGUACCAGUUCUCAUUGGAUGCCUACAUUAACCUGUUUAACCUCAGCAUAGAAAAGAGCAAGCGCAGCCAGAAGCUGGAGGAGAGGAUCACCAACCUCAAUGAUUAUCACACAUACGCAGUGUACAAGUACACGUGUCGUGGUCUGUUUGAGGCUCACAAGCUGCUCUUCAGCUUCCAGAUGUGCGCCAAAAUUCUGGAGGUGGCCGGAAAACUCAACACGGAUCAGUAUAACUUCUUACUUCGAGGUGGAAUUGUUCUUGAUAAGAAGGGGCAGAUGGAUAACCCAUUUACCAGUUGGUUGGCAGACUCCAGCUGGGACAACAUCACACAGUUGGAUAAGCUGCCCGGCUUCCGUGGCAUCAUGUCCUCCUUUGAACAAUCCUCUCGAGACUGGAACGUUUGGUUCACCAGCUCUGAGCCAGAGAAUGCUCCACUUCCAGGUGAUUGGGAGAGUAACUGUAAUGAGUUCCAGAAAAUGCUGAUAGUGCGUUCUCUGCGUCCUGACCGUGUCUCCUUCUGCAUUACCUCCUUCAUCAUUAAACACCUCGGCUCUCGCUUUGUGGAACCACCUGUACUCGACAUGAAAUCAGUUGUGGAGGAAUCAACCAGCUGUACUCCUCUGAUCUUUGUUCUGUCUCCCGGGGUGGACCCUACAGGCGCUCUGCUGCAGCUAGCUGAGGCUUCUGGGAUGAGCAACCACUUCCAGGCUCUGUCUCUGGGCCAGGGACAGGCUCCCAUUGCCAAGAGCAUGAUAGAGGAGGGCAUUAAGAACGGUCAUUGGGUGUUCCUGGCCAACUGUCACCUCUCUCUGUCAUGGAUGCCUGAGCUGGACAAGCUGAUUAAGCAGCUACAGCUGCAGAAGCCCCACCCAGACUUCAGGCUCUGGCUCAGCUCUUCACCACACCCUGAUUUUCCCAUUACCAUCCUGCAGGCUGGCAUCAAGAUGACCACUGAACCACCGAAGGGUGUUAAAGCCAACAUGAAGCGUCUUUACCAGCUGGUGACAGAAGCUCAAUUCAACAGCUGCAAUAAACCCGUAUUCUACAGGAAGCUCCUCUUUUCCCUCUGCUUUUUUCACAGCAUUCUUCUGGAAAGAAAGAAGUUUCUACAGAUGGGCUGGAACAUUGUGUAUGGCUUUAAUGAUUCUGACUUUGAGGUGAGUGAGAAACUACUCAGCCUGUACCUGAAUGAUUAUGAGGAGAUUCCCUGGGAUGCACUCAAGUACCUCAUUGCUGGGGUCAACUAUGGAGGUCACGUCACCGAUGACUGGGACAGACGUCUUCUGACCACAUACAUCAAUGACUACUUCUGUGACGCUGUCAUAAACCAGCCAUUCUUCAAGUUAUCAACUUUAACCAACUAUUACAUCCCCCGUGACGGUUCCCAGGCUUUAUAUAAGGAAUAUAUCGACAGGAUGCCAUCCACAGAGCAUCCAGAACUAUUUGGCCAGCACCCUAAUGCUGACAUUGCAAGCCAGAUCGCUGAGACUAAGACAGUGUUUGACACCCUGCUCUCCCUGCAACCCCAGGUUACCAGCAAGACUGCUGCUGGGGGUAGUAGAGAAGAUAAGGUGUUAGAGCUGUUGACAGAUGUUCGUGGAAAGAUCCCAAAGUGCAUUGAAUGCGAGGGCACGAGAACCCUCUUGCUAGACAACCCUUCACCCCUUAAUGUGGUCUUGCUGCAAGAGAUCCAGAGAUACAACUCUCUGCUGAGCACCAUUAAAUCAUCUCUGGUGGAACUGGAGAAAGGGAUCAAAGGCUUAGUAGUGAUGUCACCCAGCUUGGAGGAGAUCUUCAACUGUAUCCAUGAUGCCCGUGUACCAUCGCUCUGGGAGAAGGCAUACCCCUCACUGAAACCCCUGGCAGCGUGGACCAGGGAUCUUUGCCAGCGAGUCGAUCAGUUUGCACGCUGGGCACAGACGACCCAGCCCCCCAACUUGUUCUGGCUGUCCGGUUUCACCUUUCCCAACGGUUUCCUCACUGCUGUUCUGCAGUCAUCAGCUCGACAACGCAACAUAUCAGUAGACAUGCUGUCCUGGGAGUUUAUAGUGUCCACUGUAGAUGACAGCAAGCUCCUUUACCCACCAAAGGACGGAGUCUUUGUCAGAGGUUUGUAUUUAGAGGGAGCAGGUUGGGACAAGAACAACUCCUGUUUGGUGGAAGCUAAACCCAUGCAGAUGGUCUGUCCUAUACCCACCAUCCACUUCAAACCAGUGGAAAACCGCAAGAAGAUGGCCAAGAGUGUGUACCUGUGUCCGUGUUACUACUACCCGGUGCGUGCUGGUGGGGCAGGCCGAGCGUCUUUUGUUGUCGGCGUUGAACUUAAAUCUGGAGCUGUGAUUCCAGAGCACUGGAUCAAGAGAGGAACUGCUCUUCUCAUGAGCCUGGACAACUGA